AUGGGUGACCAUGUCUUUUUAAAGGUGUCACCUAUGAAAGGGGUUAUGUGUUUUGGAAAGCAAGGAAAGAUGAGCCCAAGGUAUAUUGCACCUUUUGAGAUAUUGGCCAAGGUGGGACAAGUGGCAUAUCGUUUAGCAUUACCACUAGCUCUCGCAGAGACACAUAACGUAUUUCACAUAUCGAUGUUGAGGAAGUACGUGUCAAAUCCUUCCCGUGUAUUAAGCUAUGAAUCGUUGGAGCUGAGACAAUACCUAAGUUAUGAUGAGAAGCCUGAGCGGAUCAUGGAAAGAGGAUUCAAAGAACUAAGAACCAAGAAGAUUCCUCUAGUCAAAGUCUUGUGGAAGAACAGCUCAGAGUAG